UUAGAAAUAAUGCCAAAAGGUUUGAAAUGGUUUUGGAAAAGGCCUGAUUUUGGGAAUCAGAGGGGAAGGGGUGUGGGAAACGACCAGACGAGGGCGGUGCUAACCUCCUCAUAUCCCCAAAUGUCAAUGAACUCUCCACAGCAAAGUUGAACCCUCAAGUGUGUGGGAUGGAAUAAUCUCAGGAUAAUGACUGCACAGCUCGUGGAUGGUUAAGUCUGAUGAGGCAUUUCUUCACCAUGGCCGACAGGAAUAAGCUGAACGUUCCAGUCUGAUCGUAAAUUUCUGCGUCGUGACAGUUUGUUGGUAGUUUAAUUUUAUAUCGCAGAGGAAUGUUGGAUCAUCAACAAGUGGAUAUCCUUGGAUCGCGUCUUCCUGCUUUUGUCGAUAAAUACAACUCCUUCAGAAUGAGACUGUGGACUUUACUCAUCAUUUUCCCGGUGUGCGCAUCCUCUCCUCUUGUAGCCGAAACGUCUCAAGGCAAAGACCCAGGUGUGGAGAGCACCUGCUUCGGCCGAGCCUGCAACCCCCGCAUGGGUAACCUGGCCCAGGGCAGAGUGCUGAGCACCCAGUCGGUCUGCGGCGCCAACUCCUCGGAGCCCUACUGCUUCUACAAACAGACAGCCGCCCCCCGCAGAAGGGAAUCCUGCUCGGCGGCAAAAUGCAGCAAGUGCAGCUCCGCCAUCCCCAGCCAGGCGCACCCUCCCUCCGCCAUGAGCGACUCCUCCUUCCGCUACCCCGACACCUGGUGGCAGUCUGCGGAGGGGGUGAAGAAGGAGACGCUCCAGCUGGACCUGGAGACUGAGUUCCUCUUCACCCAUCUCAUCCUUGUGUUCCGCUCCCCCCGCCCCGCUGCCAUGGUGCUGGAGCGCUCCCAGGAUCAUGGGCACACGUGGAAGACCCUUAGAUACUUUGCCAGGGACUGUGAGGAGGUGUUUGGCCUGGCAGAGGGCACGUCAGACGGGGAGAGUGGGGCAACGUGCACCUCCAAGUAUUCAGGAGCCUUUCCUUGUACCAGAGGAGAGGUGAUCUAUCGAGCCUUGUCUCCCUGGCACUCAGUGGAUCCCUAUGGACCGGCUGCUCAAGACCAGCUCAUGAUCACCAACCUGAGAGUCCAUCUGCUGCAGCGCCAGCUGUGUCCCUGUCAGGCCAAACAUCCUGACGCUGCUGUCCUCCCCACGGACCACUACGCCAUAUAUGAUUUUAUUGUCAAAGGCAGUUGCCUUUGCAAUGGACAUGCUGACCACUGCGUUCCAGCCAGGGGCUACCAACCCAGCCAGCAGAAGACCAGUAACAUGGUCCAUGGCAAGUGUGUUUGCAGACACAACACAGCCGGUGACCACUGUGAGCGCUGUGCACCUCUCUACAAUGAUCAGCCCUGGCAGGCUGCCAAUGGCAUCAUAGGGACACCGCAUGAGUGCCAGAAGUGCAAGUGUAACGGUCACGCCAAGAGCUGUCACUUCAGUCGUGGAUUGUGGUUGGCGACAGGACGGCAGACUGGUGGCGUGUGCAACGACUGCCGCCACAACACAGAGGGCCGUCACUGUCAGAACUGUAAGAAGGGAUUCUUCAGAGACCCUAGUCGUCCAAAAACUGCACCUGACUCUUGCAAACCCUGUUCCUGCCACCCUGUAGGCUCCAUCCUCUCAGGUGGUAGCCCUCUCUGCAACCCUAGCAGUGGGGAGUGCACUUGUAAGCCUGGUGUCGGAGGCCUCCGAUGUGACAGCUGUGUGAUGGGAUACUGGGGGCUUCAUGAAUACGGCUGCCGCCCGUGUGACUGCACAGGGGACUGUGACCCCUACACCGGUGACUGCAUUUCUGGCUCAGAUGUGGAGGUCUUCUAUACAGCCACUGGCCACAUGGGACACAGCAGCAAUAAUAGUGAGACGGCACUCUUUAGGGUAGAGGAGCUUUUCUCUGCACUGCACCACUCUGAGAAAUGUGAGUGUGUUGAAGUGACCCUUGGCAGCCCUAAACUCUUCUGUGCUGCAGAGUAUGACUAUGUGCUGGUGGUGAGGGUGAUGUCAGCUCACGAUAAAGGCUCCCAUGCAGAGGUGGAGGUCAAGGUCAAGAAGAUCCUGUACCAGAACCCUCAGAUGAAGAUCCAAAGGGGAAGUGUCACCCUUUACCCAGAGUCCUGGACCACCCAAGGCUGCACCUGUCCCAUCCUCAACCCAGGAUCUGAGUAUGUAGUGGCUGGUCAUGAAGACUGGAAGACCAGCAGACUGAUGGUGAACACCAAGAGCCUCGUUAAACCAUGGAGGUCGAACCUGGGGCGCAAAAUUAUCCACAUCCUCAGGAAAGACUGCAGCCGCUGGUAGGGCAUCGACAAGAGCUAUGAUGGACACAGAGGAUGGAGAGGAUCUGGUGAACUGUCUGAAUAAGACAUUGCUUGGACACUAAAGUGAAAGCGAAAAAACAAUGUCUACUAUUGGGAUUCUGCAGCCCCCAAAAAACACAGAAUGCUACUGUGGUAGAAAUAAGCACACGCUGUGAGCAGAUACCUCGCCCAGACUGCAGUCACUUAAGGAUCAAAGAAAACAAAACAAGCCAUAUAGACAUUUAUCCUGACAAAGCUGAUGGUAGAAUUUCAUUCUUGUGUUAUGAUAUGCCUCAGAUCAUCACUCUCUCCAGAUUAUUUAUAAAGCAAUAAGGAGUGCAUGUUAAAUACUCAAUUAUACUUUAUUUCCUGGCCAGAGUUGCGGUCAAGAAUUGAUGAGCCAGAACAGUCACAUCCUGCUGUAUCUAUUUCAUUGAGAGCUGUUUACUUUGAAAUCUUGCGGGGGCCCAGACUGAAUUAUCCUUUUCGUCUCACACACAUAUUGGCGAUAAAUCAUGAAUGAGUCAACAUUGGAGUGUGUGUAUGUGUGCGAGAGUGGAUGUGUGUAUAUGCUUGAUGUCCUUGGCAGUGAGUCUGGGACGGUGCAGGUCAGAACAAGUAACUCCUGGAUGAGGAGAGAGGAUGAAAAAAACAUUAAAGGAAUCAGGAGGCUUAAUCUGAACAGCUCUGCUUUGCUCUGGCACAGUCGCCCGCCCGCUGUCUGACAAGAGCAAAACACACUCCCCGCUCCACUCUCUCUCUCUCUUGCUCUCCGGUCUGCAAUGCAUGCAGCUGGCUAAAGCACUUGGGUUUGAGUUUGCUCUUACAGCUGGUUCAGUUACAAGAGUGGAUCAUUGUCAGGUUGCUUGAGUCAGACUUGAUUCUGUGAGGAUUUUCCUCACUUUUGCCUUUUUUCCUGUCCUCAAAAGACCUACUUCCAUAUGAGGAGGAUUCACUCGAGAGGGCUCCUCCGAACUCAACCCUGCGGGAGCCAGUACAUCUAUGUGUAUGUGUGUGUUUGUGAGAAAGAGAACACACACUCUCUUAACAUAUGUUUCUCUUUUUGACCUGUGACUCCUGCUGCUCAAAAUAAAUAUGUAUUAAAAGCCUGGGUACUCAUUGACAUCACAGUGUAUCAGAUCCACAGAGUCCACAGGCCAUUUUUGAGCCAGGCCCAGUUAAGAAUAGGCCUGGUCUGCUGUCUCUAAGAAGAAGGACAAACUGUGUGAGGAGACAUGAUGCAUUCCUCAGUCAUGACAUCACCGCCCAUGUCCUUGUCCCAAAGACUUUACCAAAAUAAGAGAAAAUGGGCAGGAAAUUUCCUCAGAAAGGACAAAGUGGUGAUUUAGGGUUCAUGAAUGUACUCUGCCGUCAAUGUGAUAUUUGUAAUGCUAUUUCUGUGUGUCCUAUAUGUUCUUUCUUUUCCAUCUAAACUACAUAAACUAUG